UAUUUAUAGAUUAGUAGCAAAUUGUGUGAUAGCUUGUUAUGAGGAAACCUGAUUGUAAAUAAUCCGUUUUUAAUCUAAUCUGCAGCUAAAUACCAAGAACUAAUGUGCUCUAAUUUUAAGCAUCUUGUUAAUUCUGUGAGCUAGCUAAAAAGGUUGCUCUAGUGAUAAUACUGCUUUGUCUUCCGCUGGCUUCCUAUGAGCUCAAGGUCAUUUGGUCAAAAUGACCAAGGUUAUGCAUCCAGGCUCAGCAGGGGGGGACACGCCUCAAGACAAUGCUAAUAAUCCAGUGCAGUCUCAGCCCCAGCAACAACAUGGAACUCCAAUUCCUCAGACACCUGUUGUCACUUUGGCGUCAGCUUGUAGUGGCGUCACCUCAGCUCCCCAGGAAAGUUUGGCCUCUGAUGCAAGCACCACAGUUUUAACAUCUCAGAGUGAUGAUAAUGGAAGCCCUGCUUCACCAGUUACUGUGCAACCUAGUGGUGCAGGAGAACCAAUUGCUCAAGUACAUGGAGGUGGUGACUCUGAACCAGAAUUCCCAAUUCUGGAGUUAAACAGGCUAGAUGAAAUGAUUAAUAGGCCACGCUGGGUUGUCCCUGUAUUACCAAAGGGAGAGCUAGAGGUGCUACUUGAUGCAGCUAUAAAGCUGAGCAAAGAAGGUUUAGACACAAGAAGUGAAGCAUGCCAAAGAUUUUUUAGAGAAGGUCUUACCAUAUCAUUUACUAAGAUCUUAACAGAUGAAGCUGUUAGUGGUUGGAAAUAUGAAAUCCAUAAAUGUAUUUUGAAAAAUGCAGAAAAAUUAAUAGAAUUGUGUGUUCACAAGUUGUCUCAGGAUUGGUUCCCACUUUUAGAAUUACUUUCUAUGGUGUUGAACCCAACAUGCAAGUUUCAUACAUAUAAUGCUACCCGCCAGUCAGAGUUGUUACAAUCUGGGGCUCAAAUUGCAGAGGAUGCUUUGUAUGCUCGACCACCAGAUCAUAGAACGCCAAAAGGCUGGCUAGUAGAUCUGGUUAAUCGAUUUGGCCAACUGGAUGGAUUUACUAUACUUUUAGACAGAUUUUUGAAAGGGCCUCCUCUCUCUGUUCCUGUUGUUGCUAGUCUCAUAAAACCUUUUGGUUUGUGCAGUGAAGUGCUUACUCCCCACACAGUUGAAAAAUAUUUCAUGCCUAUUGUGGAAGUGGUUCCAAAAUUUCUUGAUAAACUGACUGAUGAGGAGUUGAAGAAGGAGUCAAAGAAUGAAGCGAAGAAUGAUGCAUUGUCAUCAAUUAUCAAAGCACUAAAACAACUUGUAAAUAGAUUGCCAAAUCAGGAAGAAACAACAAAAAACUUGGAGAUUUUUAGGCUCAAAAUGAUUUUGAGGCUGCUUCAAAUAUCUUCAUUUAAUGGUAAAAUGAAUGCAUUGAACGAGGUGAAUAAAGUAAUCACUAAUGUGAGUUUCCAGACAAGUAGUAGACAUUCAAGUGUAGAUGAAGAUGAAUGGCUGACAGCAGACAAAAUGGCUGAGUGGAUUCAACAGAAUAAUGUGUUGAGUAUUGUGUUAAGGGAUAGUUUACAUCAACCCCAGUAUGUGGAGAAACUGGAGAAAAUUCUUCGCUUUAUGAUAAAAGAAAGGGCCCUUACAAUGGAAGAUCUAGACAGGCUAUGGGAUGCACAAUCAGGGAAACACGAUGCUAUUGUGAAAAAUGUUCAUGACCUUUUAGCAAAACUAGCAUGGGACUUUGCUCCAGAGCAACUUGACCAUCUAUUUGAGUGUUUUCAGGGUUCCUGGCAUCAUGCUAGUAAAAAGCAGAGAGAAAAAUUGUUGGAGCUAAUAAGAAGGCUUGCUGAAGAUGAUAAAGAAGGAGUUAUGGCACACAAGGUGCUGACACUGUUAUGGAACCUGGCACACAGUGAUGAUGUCCCUACAGACAUCAUGGAUCAGGCUCUAAGUGCUCACUACAAGAUUCUAGACUACAGCUGCUCGCAGGUACCGGACAGAGAUGCUCAGAAGCUACAAUGGAUCUCAAAGUUUGUAGAAGAGUUGAAAAAUGAUCAAUGGGUUUUACCAGCAUUGAAACAAAUCAAAGAAAUUUGUACACUCUUUCCUGAGGCCCCACAGAACUUUCCUCACACCCAGCGUGGGGCACACAUGUACUACCGCAAUGGUGUUAUUGGCCAGCUGCAGAGCCAGCACUCCAUAGUCAUGUUGGUGUCACAGAAUCUGUCAGCGUACAUGAAUAAGCAGAGGGCAUAUGCCGAAGCACAUCCAAAUGAAGAUCCAGCAACUAUUUUACCUGAUGGUCGAUUUAAUCACAAUAUGCAAGUGGCUGAAAGGCUUAGGUUUCUUAGGUUUCUGCUCAAAGAUGGGCAGUUGUGGCUUUGUGAAGCUCAAGCUGGGCAGAUUUGGAAUUGCCUUGCGGAAAAUGCUAUUUAUUUUUCUGACAGAGAAGCUUGUUUCAAAUGGUUUGCCAAGUUGAUGGGUGAAGAACCUGAUUUAGAUCCAGAGAUUACGAGAGAUUUUUUUGAGAGAAACAUUCUUCAGCUGAAUGCAGAUCUUCUCACAGAGAAUGGAAUGAAUUGUUUUGAGCGUUUCUUUAAACAAGUAAAUCUGAAAGAAAGUAAAUUAAUUGCCAAGAGGCGUGGAGGUUAUCUGAUGGAUGAUAUAGAAUUGAUUGGUUUGGACUAUCUCUGGAAGGUUGUAUUGUGGAGCCCAGAAGAAGUGGCUGAGAAAGCAGUGGCCUUGUUAAAAGACAUUUUUACCAAUCUAGGCCCCCGGCUCCAACAGAAACAAGUAGCUAUUCAUGAAGAUAUGAUAACAUCCUGUAUUGACCGCCUGAAGGCAGCCUAUGAUACUGUCAGCGUUCUGGGUCAAGAUACAGAUGAUGCCAGUAAAGGGAGAGUCCUGCAGGAAACUGCUCGCAUGGUGCGUGUUCUAACUGUAUUGAAGGAGUACCUAGCUGAAUGUGAUGAGGCAUAUAGAGAGGAAAGAACCAUUUUACCACUUAGCAGAACCUGUAGGGGCAAGGUGAUGCUGUUAAAAGUGCGAUUCCCUAGUCAGAAUCGCCAAGGUGAUGACAUAGAGAUCUUGUCUCAUUCAAAUGAAACAGUUGGUCAAGUCAGAAGGCAGAUUCUCCAGAGAGUGAAGGCGGCUCCAAAUAUCAAAGUGGAGCUUUAUGUCAAUGCUGAACAAAUAGAUGCUAGUGAAGACAAGAAACUUAUUUCCUCAAUAAACUUGAGAGACAAAAUGAUUUUGACAGGCAAAUUAGUUCAAGUAGGAGGCAAUAUGCCCUCUAGUCCAGACAGCAGUAGUGAUAGUUCAGUAGGAUCUCCACAUAAUCAAUAUGAUGGUCCCAACCUUGAGGCUGAAAGUGCUCUACCUGGUGUGUUGAUGUCGCAGAAACAUGAAUAUUGCAAGUUCUUAUUCCAGUUGUCCGAUCUUGGUUGCCAGUUACAGGAGCCCAAGCUGCGAGACACAGCUAGAACUGUCUUGAAGAUAAUGCCAGCUGAUGUCCACACAGUCAAGAUGUUUACCACAUUCUGUUUGGAUGGGGCGAAUUCUGACCAGCCUGUCUCUGGUGAUCUGGAAACCAUGUUUUUUAAUAAUUCCCCAACACAGACGCUGUAUAACAUUGAGGUCUGCUAUGCACUUCUCAUGCCAAGUUUGGAUCCAAUGUGUGAAGAAGCUUUUGAUUUUCAGUAUAACUUUGUGCUAAGUGGUGGUAUCCAUUUAGCUCUCAACAUGCUGACCAAGAGCAACUUCUUGAACAAGGCAGACCUUCCAACAAAAAGAGCCACUUAUCAGACUGUGUUAAAAAUCAGCAAGAUGAUGUUGACUGUGCUGGGGCAUGCUAGGGUUCAGAUUGUUGCAGAUGCUGUCAGCUCUGAAGAGAAGGCUGCUACCUUGACACAGAAGCAGCAUGAUGAAGCUGUGGCCCUUCAGCAAGCACUGUUGCAAAUUCACAACAUUGAAUCUGAACAUUGCAUGAGAAAUGUGGUAUCGAGGCUAGGAGCUCAGCUUGCUGAACAGGCCAUUGGUAUAAGUCCAGAUUUAAACACAGUCAAGGCCAUUAUGAAAAUAGCUUGGUCAGCAAGUGCCUGUAGCUUCCAUCUUUUGCAAUCCUCUUAUGAAGAUAUUCAUUCAGCAUUUGAAAAGUCGAGAGAGGCUGGUCCAUCAGACAAUGAAGAUAUUCUGGUUGCAAGAGAGGGCUUGGAAAAUCUAACAGUGUGUAUAGCUCUGAGUCCACCAACACUAGACCAGCUUGAUAAAGAAAAUGCAUGGAAAGAUUUUAUCAUUGACCUUCUUCUGUUGUGUAAAACAAGCAGAAGCAUCAGAAUCUGUGCAGCUGAACAGUUUUUUCAAAUGUUUUCCCGGUGUAGUUUAAAUCCUCGCAAUCUCAAGUGGCUUGUGACUCUUCUUUUUACUAAAUUAGAGACAACAGUCAAAGAUAAUGCCAGACAGUCUCAUGAAUAUUUUAAUCUGUUAUGCAAGUUAUUGGGUCAUGCAUCAAAGGAAGGUGCCAUGACAGUAGAACCACAAUUAAAUAAUGAAAUUACUUGGUUGAUGGAUGUAAGGAGUCAGUGUAUAAAAUGUGGAGAAACUCAGGUGGAUGAUGCUCUACUAGAAGGACGUAUGUGCAUCACAAAGGAGCUGCUAUCAUUCCAGUCAUCAGAGAAAAAGUUCCAAAUAGGUUGCAAGAGUGGAGGAGCUGAACUCAUUAAGAAAUUAGUGGAAGAUUUUAUAUUUCCGGCAUCUAAGCUUGUAACUCAGUGUCGCAAAAAUGAUGCAGAGUUCCCAGCUGAACAUGCAGUUCCUGUGUGUUCCAGUACUCAUACUGUAGUGGCUGCAUAUGACCUCCUUGUUGCCUUGUGUAUGGAUUGUGUUCAGAAUCUACAAUAUCUAGCCAGUUUGAUUAUAGAGAUGUAUUACACUGAUAACCAGCCUGUGAUGGAUUGGGAAUAUGUGCCAUUAGUUGGGCCCAGACCCCCUCGUGGGUUUGUUGGUUUAAAAAAUGCUGGUGCUACCUGCUACAUGAACUCAGUCUUACAACAACUGUUUAUGAUUGAGCCCAUUAGAAAUGGUAUUUUGGCUGUGGAAGGGGCUGCAGAUAAUGUAGAAGAAGAGAUGCUACAAAUUGAAAAAGAAAAUAAUAUGUCUGUGGGCAACAGUGAAAAGGAAAAUUCCAUGGCUGGGCAGGUGAAAGAAGAGGAGAGUGACAGCCAGGGGCAGACUAAAGAUGAGAGGAAGUCCUACAACCUUGGAGUGCUGCGCCAGAUCCAAGUGAUAUUUGGUCACUUAGCUGCAAGCAAACUUCAGUAUUUUGUACCAAAAGGUUUCUGGAAACAUUUUAAAUUGUGGGGUGAACCUGUCAAUCUAAGAGAGCAGCAUGAUGCUCUGGAGUUUUUCAACAGUCUGGUAGACAGUUUAGAUGAAGCCUUGAAAGCUCUCAACCAGCCCAGUAUUCUUUCUCAAGUCAUGGGAGGCUCCUUUGCUGAUCAGAAAAUCUGUAAAGAUUGUCCUCACAGGUAUCAGCGUGAGGAAGCCUUCACCACAUUAAAUGUAGACAUCAGAAACCAUGCCAAUCUGUUUGAGUCUCUGGAACAAUAUGUGAAGGGAGAUUUGUUAGAGGGAGAGAAUGCAUACCAUUGUGAAAAGUGUAACAAAAAGGUGGAUACAGUUAAAAGACUUCUAAUACGAAAGUUACCAAAAAUUCUCGCCAUUCAGUUAAAACGUUUUGAUUAUGACUGGGAACGGGAGUGUGCAAUCAAAUUUAAUGAUUAUUUUGAGUUUCCUCGGGAACUCAACAUGGAACCUUACACAGUUCAGGGAUUAGCUAAAAUUGAAGGUGAAAUUAUAGAUGAAUUUGAUUCAGCUCAGAGUACAAAGUAUCGACUGGUUGGUGUUUUAGUCCAUAGUGGACAGGCCAGUGGUGGUCAUUAUUACUCCUACAUUCUUCACAGAGCCCCGGGUGAACCAAUAGCAAAAUGGUACAAAUUUGAUGAUGGAGAUGUGACAGAGUGUAAGAUGGAGGAUGAAGAGGAAAUGAAAAAUCAAUGUUUUGGUGGAGAGUAUCUGGGGGAAGUCUAUGAUCAUAUGCUGAAACGCUCUGCAUUCCGACGCCAGAAAAGAUGGUGGAACGCAUACAUUCUGUUUUAUGAAAGGUUAGACGAAGCCAAUGUGGUGGAGGACGUCAGUAGAGAUAUGAACAGUCUUUCACUAGCAACCAGUUCCCUGCCCCCUAUCAAAAUGCCUGCAGCCAUUGAAAAAGUUGUAAGGCGAGGAAACAUCCGGUUUAUGCAUGAAAAAAGUCAGUUUUCUAGUGAAUAUUUUAAUUUCAUGAAGAAGUUAGUGAUGUGCAACCAGUACCUAAUAAACCAGUCCCUUCUGGAAAACAAAAUGACAUCAGAAAUAGAACAAAUCUCAAUGAUUAGUAUUGAAUUAGCUUCAAAAUUCUUAUUUAAUGUGGGAUUUAAAACCAAGAAAUCCUUAAGAGGCCCAGCUGGUGAUUGGUCUGAUGCCAUUCAUAUUCAUUUGCGUACAACCAAAAAUGUCAGGUCUUGGUUUGCGCUGAAUGUGUUGUUUAAAAAUCCAAAUAUUUUGACAGAAUAUUUGCUGGAGUGUCCAUCCUCAGAGGUGCGUAGCACAUUUGUAAAGAUUUUUGUGAUAUUGGCCAACAAUACUCUGUUGGAUGGACCAUGCCCCAAUGUGAUUGCUUCCCUUUCAGUAGCUAAUGCUCAGCUUGAUCCUAACGCAACGUUAAGUGAUCACUUGAUUGUAGCAGCUCUGUCCUUGUUGAAGAAAGACAUCUCAGAGCAUGGUCGCCACCUACAACAGUACUUUCAUUUGUUCCUGCUCUAUCUCAACAUGAGCCCAAAUACUGAUAUCAAUUUGAAAAUUAAACUGCAGUUGUUGAAGUUACGUGUGCCCCAUCAGUUCAUGCUGGUGGCCCUAGAUGAAGGUCCUGGCCCACCCAUAAAAUAUCAGUAUGCUGAGCUGAGCAAAUUGUAUUCUGUUGUGUCUCAACUGGUCCGUUGCUGUGACGUGUCCCAGCGAUGUCAAUCAUCUAUUGCUAACCAGCCACCGCUCCCAAAUCCUCAUGGUGACCCACUGUGUCCGAAGCCUUUAAUGCCCAUCCAGCAUCCAGUAGCUGAGAUUCUUUAUGGUCGCAGUGUUUAUGUUAAGAAGAUCAUUGAGGAGGCGAAUUCUGUAGAUGAAACAGCCAAGUUGUUGAAGUAUUGUUCUUGGGAAAAUCCACAUUUCUCUUCAUUAGUAUUGAGUGAAUUGCUCUGGCAGGUGGCCUAUUCCUAUACAUAUGAACUACGGCCCUACAUGGACCUGUUGCUGCAGAUGUUAUUACUGGAGGACUCCUGGCAGACACACAGGAUUCACAAUGCACUAAAAGGCAUCCCAGAUGAUCGUGAUGGUCUUUUUGAUACCAUUCAAAGAUCCAAGAACCACUAUCAGAAGAGGGCCUACCAGUGUAUCAAGCUGAUGGUGUCACUUUUCACACACUGUGCCCCAGCUGCUGCGAUGCUUCAAACAAAUGGUGAUAUUAAAAGAAAAUGGACUUGGGCCAUAGAUUGGCUGAAUGAUGAAAUGGAAAGGAGGCCAUAUCCAGGAAACACACAAUACCAGACAUACAAUAACUGGUCACCGCCAGCUCAAUCCAAUGAAACCAGCAAUGGGUAUUUCUUAGAAAGGUCACAGAGUGCAAGGCUAACAUUGGCCAAAGCCUUUGAGUUGUGUCCAGAUGAUGAACAAGAAGAAACUGAGAUAGCAGAUGAUCAAGAAAUUCACCCACCAGAAGAUGGUGUGGCUCCAGGCUAUCCUGGAGUUGGUGUGCAGUCGGCACACAUGGAUUACCCUGUUUCACAGGUGGCUCCAACUGGAUCGUCGUCUGCUCCUGCUCAGAUCACACAGAUUCCUGUGCAAGCUUCAUCCAUCCCACAGCAGCAGCACAGAGGGGUGACACCACCACAACAGAUUAUGAACAUGGCUAAUGAUAUAGCCUUGAACCCUACUCCUAUGUCUGGCGGGAACGGCGUUGGUAACAUUUACGGGCAGUCUACACCACCAGCCCAAGUUAACAUCAACAUCAAACAGCCAGUGUCCUCUCAGCGCUUGCCCAACCAGACCCCUCUAUCCUCCCCUACCCCUUCCCCCUCUCAUGUCCCAGCUCAGUGCAGUGAUAAUCAAGAAACCGGCGAGGUAGAAGGCUGAACUGUGACAUUUAUUUAUAAUUUACAGUAAAAACUUUUAUUCUUUUUACAAAACUUUUUUUUUUUAAUUAAUCAACCAUUGCCAUGGACACAACAAAAAACUUUUUUGUGGAUUGGGUGGCAACCAGUUGCUGGUGGAGAUGUUUGUUUGUUCUGUUGCUUUGGAUCCUGACUUGUGGUGUGUCACUGUUGUUGCAGUCGUGAUAUAUUUGUAUACAGAUUUGUACAAAUGGUUUUGACUGAUGCUGUCCAUAGUAAUGAUAAAUGCAUAUUUUUUUUUUUUGCGAGUUAUUAAUUUCAACGUUACUGAAUGUGUUAACGCAAACUGUGCUUGAAAUUUGUGAAAGCUGACUUUGACAAAGUGUAAUGAAUAUUUGUGUUUAGGCUCUUACACUGUUUUUUUUUUUUCACAUUAUUAUUUGCUUCAAUUGAAUCUAAAUGAGACUUGAAGUUCUCAUUUAUGUUUGGUAAUUAGUCAACAUGAAGAAAUGUUCAAUAAUAAAGUCAAUAAAAGGUGAAGACUGUAAGUCUUGACUUGUGUAUUAGUCACCACUUUGUGAUGUCAAAUUUCAUAACUGUCAUCUAGUUGGAUCAUGUUUUUUUUCUUGACAUUAUGUUUUUAUCAAUAAAUUGAAAGAAUCAAAAACUUUUAUUUUUCUCUUUAUCUUCAUCCCAUACAGAGUUAAUUGUGAAAGUCUGCGUUAACCAAAGUAAUGUGUGGAGUAUAUUCUAAGAUCUGUUGGGUUAGCAUUUGUCCUACAAAUAUUGCCUAAUUCACUCAAUGUCAAUCACCUUUUUUCUUUUGAAGAAGUGGGGCUUAAAUAUUCUGCAUCACACUAGUAGGUCUAAAUAAAUAUUUUCUUUCAAGUUUUGGCAGCUUGAACUUCAUCAUUAUUGUUAUUAGACUUAACGCUGCUUUGCCGUAAGUAAGAGUGGCACUCUUUAAAGUCUUGAGUUGGCUGUCUCCCUCCCUCCCACCUUUUAUUUUAAUCUUGUCUUUACAAAUAAGUGUUAGCAAUGUGUUUCAGAGGAGCCUAAAACUCAUCAGGAGAGUAGAGCUGACUGGCAGACUAAGUUGAGAUGUGCUACCAUUUUAAUUUGUUCUAUUCAAACAUUUGGGAAAAGCUGUCAUGUCUCAAUUUUUCACCUGUUUUUUUUUUUUUGUUUGUUAACGGGAUAUGGAGACUUAGUAAUUAAAGCACAUGACUUUGUGUACUGAAGAUCUUAAGUUCAAAUCCUGGUCUGGGGUUUUUCAAUUUAAGUUUUUUGACUUACUUGACUCCUCUGAAGUGGGGACUAGGUAGACGUCGAAGAAAAUAAAAUGUGAUAACUCUUUGCGUUGGCUACACAAGUUUCCUGUUCAUUUACUUUAUAAGCCUCUAUGUCAUGGACCACUAUGUCUUGAAAGAAUUUAUUUUUUAAUUGUAAGAUCAGAGAUGAAGCUUUGGCAUUUGUUUCUUGUUUGCUGAGUUUCAGUAUUGUAGGGGCAGAUUGUUGACUAGAUUGGUCACUUAGAUUGAUUGUUCAGUAGAACUUAGAAGGAGAAAGACAACCAUUAUUUGUGUUAUUGACAUUAAAAGUUUUUUGAGUAUCCUACAUCUAUGUGAUAUACCAUGUAGCCAAGUUACAAAAAAACAGUUGUGGCCUUUGGUCAAUAUUUCUUGUUGUUAAAUUGUUGUAAGAAAAGAAAUUAGAUGACGGAAUCAUGAUCCAUUGGAUGAGAGUUGUUUUACACAAGAAGUGGGAUGAUUGCACUGGUACUUUUCUUUAAAAAAAGAAAAAAAAAAAGCAUAGCGUAAUAACCUGAAUACUAAUUUCACUGAUAAGUAUUAGGUAUGUGUUUUUGACCUCCCCCUCCCCCCAAUUGUGAUUCAUUCCAGAAUGGACUAAAGUCACAGACAAUGUGUUGCACAAGUAACUAAUUUUGUCAGUAGUUCUUUUUUUUAAAUAAAGAGACGAGAAUGAUUCAUCUAUGUUAUAGGCACUGCGCCUAUUUAUGGUCUAAAUGAAGUAAGGAGUGAGAUUUUAUUUAUUGCCUCCAUUUUUGUGUUGAACAUAAUGCGAGUAGUUACCAGAGCACAACUAGCACUGACUAGAACAGUGAUUGCAACAAAUUGAAUGCUAAGGUUGACCAUGUCAUGUGAUUAGUCGCUGUGUCUUUGAUUUCUCUUGAGUUGUCAGGCUGUUAUUCUGGCCCUGGCAUUAUUUAUUUGUAUUUCACCAUGUCACACUGUUUCUUUUGAUACAAAGCCAAUUAAUUGAAAACAAUUUUCUCAUAUUCAUAAUAAAACAUAUGUACAGAGGACUAUGUUAUUUAUGUGUAUAUAUAUAUAUUCAUUGACAUAGAUACAAAGUUUUGAUUUGUUUGUGUGUUCUGCUUUGUGUCUUUAGAUGUCUUGCUUUGUCUCUAAGUGUUAACACAGUUGUUUUUGUUUUGUUUCAUGUGCUGUUUAGGUUCUCAUUUUAACAAAUUUAUUGCCUGUGUGAAGUUUUGAUGCUAAUGUUUUUUUUUUUUUUUGAAGCAUGAGGUUCAUGUGUGGGUUGCUUCUGUGUUAGUUGGGGGAGAGUUCUCCUGACUCGAAUACUUGAUAGCCCACUGUUCUGUUGCCUGAAUAGCAUUUGAUGGCUGAUAAAUACAAACAAAAAAUAUUAAAAGUUGGACCAAAAAUAGAAA